GGUAGGACUGGAGGGAGGCGGCGGGCCCGGGGCUGGGGCCUUGACUUGAGACCGGGCUUGGGCCCAGAGCAUGUUCCAGAUCCAAGAGUUUGAGCAAAGCGAGCAGGAAGACUCCGGCCCUGCAGAUCGGGGCUUCUGCCCCAGCCCCACAGGGGCCCGGCUGGGCAACCACCCGAGCACGGCCCCCGAUCUCCGCUGGGAAGCCGGCCACCAGCAGGGACAGCUGGCCGGUAGCAGUCAGCAUGGAGGCGCUGGGGCGGCGGAGACCCGGAGCCGCCACAGCUCGUACCCCACGGGGUCCGAGGAGGACGAAGAGCCCUUCGAGGAGGACCUCAGCCCCUUCCGGGCCCGCUCGCGCUCGGCGCCCCCCAACCUCUGGGCUGCCCGGCGGUACGGCCGCGAGCUCCGCAGGAUGAGCGACGAGUUCCAGGGCUCCUUCCAGGGACUUCCCCGCCCGAAGAGCGCGGGCACCGCGACGCAGAUGCGGCAGAGCCCCAGCUGGACGCGCGCCAUCCAGUCCUGGUGGGACCGGAACUUGGGGCGGGGAGGCUCCGCCCCCUCCCAGUGACUUCCGCCCUCCUUGACCCGGCGGCGGCCAUCUUUGUCGCGGGCGGAAGCAGCGCCCUCACCAGCAGCUCUCUGCGACUCUCCUGCAGAAAAAGGUUCGGUUCUUCCAGGCUCUGGAAGGAGGCGUGCGGAUCCGCGCCACGAUCCCUUCCCCGGGACCAGCGAGGACCACGGAGGGCUUGGGAAGUUUUUGGAAAUUCAUCCCCCUGCUUCUCGGGGGCCGGGCCUGGCGGGCCAGCGUACCCCUGGAAACCCACCCCUGUCCUGUCCUCCCCGAUGAGGCUCCGGGCCUGGUGCUCGCCCGCUCUCAGCCCAGUUGCAAAUAAAGCCCCAGUCUGUGC